UAACCCUGCAGGGCAGCAGCCUUAAUUACCUUGCAGCCAACCACCCCUACUGGCCUCGCUCCAUGAUGUAUGCUGUGUCCGCGGGCAUGGCUGGCCGGUGGUACCAACCAUGCGAUCAGGGUGCUAUGUCGAGCCACGGGCCCACAGGCUACUCGCUCGGCAACACAUGUGGGCACUUGUGCAAAAAAUUCAAGGUACUACGACAGAACCAGAUUACCGAUAUUGCCAAGGCCUGCAUACAGCCUGCCUUCAACAACUCCUUCUACGUAGACACCCAGUUCCACGCGCUCGUUUCGUACAACGUGAGGCAAGAAUUGGUCUUCACCUAUGACAGCCCUGAGAACCUUCGUUCAAAGCUGUGCAUCUCCAAGAAGAAUGCGACUAAUGUGAAGUACACCUUUGCCGCUGUGGACAUCGAGCUGGAGGACGCUCACGGUAUCUGCGGCUACGGGCCUUUCCCCCGACUCCAUAUGCUCAAGAAGCUGGCGGCGUUCUUCGCUUUCAAUUACACGUCUGCCAAGAAGGUGACGGAGUGCAUGGCGGUCACCUAAG